CUGACCUAAGAAUGUGAACAGAUGCAGACGACGCAUAAAUAUUUUGAGACAUUUUACUGAAGAUUCAAUAUGGCUACUGUACAACCAAAAUAUAAUUUUGGGCUUCUGCAGACUCCAAUGUCAAAUAUCUCUGGAUAUGAAUCAGAAACAAGCACUGAUGUUUUUCAAAGGAUUCCAAGACAGAAUGUUGAUCAUCUGCUCAAGGGUGCAGGGCAUGCAUCAAGUAAAUUCCCUGCAGCUUCUGGCUUGACUUCAAAUACAUCAAGUACAAGUGUUGCUGGUGUGAGGAAGAGAGGAAAAGGUUUAGGGUAUACCACUCCAGGCUCUACCAGUGCUCUGAGAACUCCAGCUUCCCGUCGGACACCAGGCAGCCUCAGCUACAGUACAACUACUCCCAGGGAUUCCACAACUGCAGUGAUUGUUGCUAUUGUGGAAGGCCGUGGAUUAGCCAAGGGAGAGAUAGGACUGGCCAGUCUGGAUCUCAAGUGCCCACACCUUACACUGUCUCAGUUCUCAGACACUCAGACUUAUGUUAAAACUAUCACUAAGCUUCAAAUCCUACAACCAAUAGAGAUCAUAGUUCCAAAUACUGCUUGUGAAAAUGGAACCAUGACAAAGCUGCUCAAACUGAUCAAUGAUCAAUUCCAGAAUACUAGCAUAUCAACAGUUCAGAGGAAGUAUUUCAACGAAACAAGAGGACUUCAGUACGUCAAGCAGCUGUGUGUACCAGAGUUCAAUACAGUGGAGAUGGAAGUUCGGUUGAAGUACUAUGCUUUGGCAGCAGUGGCGUCCCUCAUGAAGUAUGUAGAAUUCAUGCAGAAUAUGAUGUACGCUCCAGGAUCCCUCAAGGUUGUGUUCCAGGGCAGUGAAAACACAACUAUGAUUGAUGCAUCUUCAGCUAAGAAUUUAGAGUUGCUUCAAAACCUGAGAGAUCCAACCAGUGAUAUUACACUGUAUGGUAUUUUGAACUAUACAAAAACUCCGGGAGGAGCACGACUACUGAGGGCAAACAUCCUGCAGCCUCCCUCAGAUCUAGAGACUAUAACCAUGAGGCAGGAUGCCAUUGGGGAGUUGACAGAGAAGGAGGAGGUGUUUUACAACCUACAGACAGUGAUUGGUCAGUUCCCAGACGUUGAUCACUUACUGUCUCUACUGCUGCAGAUCCCAAAGCAGGAAACCAUUAAGAUAGCAGAGAGCAAGAUCACCAAUAUCAUAUAUUUGAAGCACACGCUGGAGCUUAUAGAACCGCUAAAGGAAGCUCUCAAGGACUGUGAGAAUCCUCUCCUGAAAGCCUACUGCAAGUCAUUGGAUGAUCCUCGGUUUGACAUCAUCAUAACAAAGAUAUCCAGUGUAAUUCAUGAGGACACGCGCUUCCAGAAGGGAACUCUUCACAUGAGAACUCAGAAGUGCUUUGCUGUCAAGCCAAAUAUCAAUGGUUUAUUGGAUGUGGCACGAAGAAUGUACACAGAGAUAGUGGAUGACAUAUCAGAGUUGGUAACACAGUUGGGUGGCCAGUAUGGUUUACCUCUGAAGACCAGCUAUAACUCAGCAAGAGGAUUCUUCAUCCAGACAUCCGCAUCGGGGAAGGAUGGUUUAACUGCAGACAAUUUACCUGGGAUUUUCAUUAAGGUUACAAAGGCUAAAAGCACGCUUAGCUUUACAACUACAGAUUUGAUCAAAUUGAAUGCCAGAAUUCAACAAUCUCUAGAGGAAAUAUACCUUAUGGCAAACAUAGUUGUGACUGCUUUGCUGAAUGACAUCAGGGGUUACUUGGGCUGUCUCUAUAAACUGACAGAAUCUGUGGCCAUUAUAGAUGUCCUCCUCUCAUUUGCCCAUGUGUGUACUCUCUCAAACUACGUGAGGCCAGAAUUCACCGACACACUAGCCAUCAAGCAAGGCAGACACCCUAUACUGGAGAAGAUUGCUAUAGGCCAGACUGUACCAAACAAUACUUAUGCUUCAGAUGAGAGCAAUUUCCUUGUCAUAACUGGACCAAACAUGAGUGGGAAAUCAACGUAUCUUCGCCAAAUUCCUCUACUCCAAAUUAUGGCCCAGAUUGGCUGUAGUGUUCCGGCCGAGUACGCUUCUUUCCGAAUAGCCGAUCAGAUCUUCUCCAGAAUAAGCACAGAUGAUGAGAUGGAAACUAAUUCCUCAACGUUUACUCUAGAGAUGAAAGAAGUGAACUACAUCAUUCAGAAUGCAUCCAACCGAUCACUGGUAAUCAUGGAUGAACUUGGAAGAGGUACCAGUCCAGAGGAGGGUGUAGGAAUCUGUCAUUCGAUUUGUGAAUAUCUUAUUCAGUUGAAGGCUUUCACCGUUUUUGUCACACAUUUCCUUGAGCUGACCAAUUUGGAUGUCUUGUAUCCUAACGUGGAGAACUAUUGUUUUGAUGUCCAGAGGUCGGUAUGUACUCAGAGCGCUGAGGAGAAAAUAAUUUUCACACACACACUUCAAAAAGGAAAGACUGAGGAGAGGCAUUAUGGAAUGGAGUUGGCAAAAAUGUCGAGCCUUCCAAGAGAUAUAAUUGAAAAGGCAGCUACAUGUGCUUUAAAGAUAUCGAGAGCAAAACAUUUUGCAGACGGAAAUACUUCUGAAAGCAGCAAACAACGGGCUGUGUUUAAACUUGCCACAAGGCUUGUGCAAACUGCCAGAAAUUCGAGAUUGGAUUCUGACGGCCUUAAGAUUUAUCUUCAUGGCAUGAAAAGUCAAUACGAAAAAGAAACAGGGCGAUAACUCCGUUGAAGGGUUGUACCUGUCUGGCUGUUUCAGUGUGACGCUGUACCUACCUGUCUACUUCAUUGUAAAGUUGUACCUGCCAAGUGCGAUGUUGUAGCUGCAAGACAAUUAUUCCAUCGCAGAAAUCUAUGUCACUAAUUCUAAUAUAUUACUGUAAAUAUUAUAUAUGGUUUAUGACCGUAAAGUUUGACAACAAUGAGUUUUUUUCAAA